UUCUCUGGGCCGUCAGUUCAUGCACAUUGCUGUGUGUCGUCGGUCAGACCUGCAGCGGCCGUUCGAUGGGUUUUUCGCAAAUCGAAUGCAGAUCAUUUUUGCUCCGCUUUUAAUUGGCUGACCGGGAUUUUACCGAAUCGACCCCAAAUCUAAGCUUGUGAGCCCCGUUCGACCCCGCCGUUACCUUUUUCGUUGCAGUGUUGUUGUGUUUUGUGUGGCGAUUUUUUUUAGUUGGGCUUUUUUGCGGCCGCGAUGAUUUGUGAUGUCUGAAAACUUGUGGAAACUGCACGAGCCGGAUUUUCCGCUGUGUGAUGUUUUUCGCGAACAGACCGAGUGCUAUGGAAUUUUUAUUUAAUGUGAGCUUUAUUGGACCACCUUCAUGUUGCUGAGGUCUUUUCAAUUGGCGCACGUGAUGUGGCCGGCAUGGGGCCAUCCCGCCGAGGCGGCGGCGGCGGCGAGCCCCCUGCCUCUCGUCCUCCGGUGCCUGGCGCAAGCACUCGCCACCGGCUUCCACCGCUUCCUAGCAAGAUUUUCAGGUCGAAGACGAUCGCUUUAUCGAUAUAAUCCGAAAUAUCCGCCACCUUGGGCCUUCUUAGUUUUAGUAUUAGCGUCUUCUUUCGUUAGUAUAGUUGAUGCGUGUUCGUCACGCACCACGCCGAAACCGAGGCCUCCAGCACCCACUGCACGGCCGAACAUCACAUUCCACACGUACGAAUGUCCGCCGGCGUACGCGGCCUGGUACUGCCUUAACGGAGCAACGUGCUUUACCGUCAAAAUUGGCGAUUCCCUCCUAUACAAUUGCGAGUGUGCAGAAGGUUUUAUGGGUCCUAGAUGUGAAUAUAAAGAUUUAGACGGUUCGUAUUUGCCGUCACAACGAAGGUUCAUGUUGGAGACAGCGAGUAUAGCCGGUGGGGCAACGAUAGCAGUUUUUUUAGUGGUGAUAGUGUGCGUCGUUGUGUAUCUUCAGUAUAAACGUUACAGUAAAAUGGCCCGUGCAGGGUCGGACUGCGUGGACGGGCACAACGCCCCCUUAAACACGCCGACGUUCGGCACCCGGUGGCGAACGAUUCCGCCGGCUGACAUCCCGGCGGCGGUUCAGGAGGCGGGCGACUCGAAGGAGAUCGGCUGGAACGUGAUGAGGUCACAGCCGUACACGCAUCCGAUCAAUCGCGACGUGUGUAGUGCAUAGCUAGCAAACUGCUAUUCAAAUUAACAGUGAUGUCGGCUUUAAUUGUGUUAUAGAAUAAUUAUGAGAAAGUCACGGACUAAAUCUAUGCCUUGUAUAAAAAAAAGUUAAUACAGAAGUGAGUAGCACUUGUUAUAUGCAGCUUUGCUAUGUUAACUAUUUUUUUCAUUUUUUAAUCUCACAUCGUGCAGCUUAUCUCUGCAACUCGAAUGUCAAUACUUUGGCAGCAAUUUACGGUUUAAUAAUG